GCUUAACUGGAGCCACUGGGACGCUGGGCAAAAUGUUCUUGCCCUCUAAGAAGGACCUCAAGACCGCCCUGGAGGUCUUUGCUCUUUUCCACUGGAUCUCCAUUGCCUUUAUUAUCACAACCACUGUGACCAUUGUCAACCUCUACCUGGUGGUGUUCACACCAUACUGGCCUGUCACUGUGCUUAUUCUCAUCUGGCUGGCUUUUGACUGGAAGACCCCUCAGCGAGGCGGCCGCCGGUUUACCUGUGUGAGGCACUGGCGCCUGUGGAAACACUACAGGGAUUACUUCCCUCUCAAGCUUCUGAAGACUCAUGACAUCUCCCCCAGCCGCAACUACAUCCUCGUCUGCCACCCUCAUGGGAUCUUGGCCUGUGGAUGGUUUGGCCACUUUGCCACAGAGGCCUCAGGCUUCUCCAAGAUAUUUCCUGGCAUCACCCCUUACGUGCUCACACUGGGAGCCUUUUUCUGGAUGCCUUUCCUCAGGGAAUAUGUAAUGUCUGCAGGGAUCUGCUCUGUAAGUCAAUCCUCCAUCGACUUUCUGCUGACUCAUAAAGGCACAGGCAACAUGAUCAUUGUGGUGGUUGGUGGACUGGCUGAGUGCAGAUACAGCCUGCCAGGCUCUUCCACCCUGGUCUUGAAGAACCGGUCUGGUUUUGUGCGCACGGCCCUUCAGCAUGGGGUGGCUCUAAUACCUGCGUAUGCCUUUGGGGAGACAGACCUCUAUGAUCAGCACAUUUUCACACCUGGUGGCUUUGUCAACCGCUUCCAGAAGUGGUUCCGGAGUAUGAUACACAUCUACCCCUGUGCUUUCUAUGGACGUGGCUUCACCAAGAAAUCCUGGGGCCUUCUGCCCUAUAGUCGGCCUGUAACCACCAUUGUCGGGGAGCCUCUACCAAUGCCCAAGAUUGAGAAUCCAAGCCAGGAGAUCGUGGCUAAAUAUCACGCACUCUAUAUUGAUGCCCUACGUAAACUGUUUGACCAGCAUAAGACCAAGUUUGGUAUCUCAGAGACCCAGGAGCUGGAGAUAAUUUGACAGACAUCCCCAGCAGCCUUCAUCCUGGCUGGAAGAAUUGUAAACAGAGGAAAUGUGCAAAUACGUGUGGCAAGCUCAAUAUAUAUGAAGAAGAUAGAAGCCAUUAGCUUCAAAGAAGAGUGAGAAUUUUGAAUGCAAACCACAUGGAAUGCCCAUGUUCAGAACCCAGAUUACAGUUUCAACAUCUGCUCUAAGCAUGACAAAAAGGCAAGAAAAGGUAGGGAUUUGCAAGUUGAUUCUCGUCCCGCCCCAUCUCAUCCCAAUCCCAAGUAUUUCUUACGCGAGAUGGCUUACAUUCGUCAUUCAAGGAUUUCCUCUCUAGCCCUUGCAGCAGGGGCCCAUCUCUGGGGCUUCAGGUUCCAAAAACUUAAGUUAUGAUCAGCUGUGAAACUUCUCUGGCUCAGUUCUGGCUUAGUUUGGGAAAGACUAACAAAUAUUACUGUGGUUAAGACAGUACUAAAAGAGUCCUACCAACUACUGACAUUUCAGAAGCAUAAUGGUCCCUCAAAGUUUCAUGAGGUGUAGGUUUCUUCAUGUUACCAAAGAUGUUCCCAAAGUCAUAAGCAUAUGUCUUUGCUAAACAAGUAUUCUGCAACACUUAGUCUUUGGUCACUUUAGUGGUUAGGAUGGAGAAAGCCAGGCCUAAGGGUAACAGUCUCUGAAGAUAAUCAGAAAGAUGAAUGGGAGAUCAUGCAGUGUUUUUCACACUAUGUUCUAGAGAGCACCAGUGUCCUGUGUGACAUCAAUGGAUGUUAUUGGAAAUGGGGCUCCUUGGUCAAAAAGAGUUUGGGAAACACAUGGUUAAGGAAAAACAGAUUUCUUCUUUGAAGAUUUCUCAUAUCCUUUAAUAUACUAUUUGGAAAUGUGACUCUUCAAAAAGGGGAUAGGAAGUGCAGCAUUUCCCAAACUUAUUCAGUUAUAGAAGCUUUUUAAAGAAAUACCUAUCUCCUGCUGACUUAAUGCUCUGGAUUGUACUGUUUGGGAAAUGCUGGGGUUGUGGAAAGAGGAUGAGCUUUGUUAACUUUUCAGAACUGGGUUUGAAUUCUAGUUCUAUAAUAAUAUUCAAUAGCUAUGUAACCUUGGGCAAGUUAUUUCACCUCUCAAUCAGUUUUUCAUUUAUGAAAAUUGGGACAAUGAUAUCUACCUCAAAAGGGAUGUCAGGAGGAUUGAAUUAGAUAAUUUACAGUACUUAACACAAGGCCUAGCACAUAUAGACACUCAAUAAAUAGCAGCUAUAAUCAUCACAUUCAUUUUCUAUCACCAUCAUUAUCAAGCCACAUACCUACCUGUCAGGGCUAACAAAACAGCUUCAAAAUCGGUCUGACCUGGGACUCAAAUGGCUAUAUCUGACUGCUUUGAGAACUUAGUGUAGGGAGAAGAAAACCAGAGUAGUUGUCCAGAGAUAUAGCUCUAUGACUUAUUUGCUGUCUGACCUUGGGCGAAUCACUUCACCUGUUUGCAUUUCUCUGUCCUCCUGCCAAAUAUAGGUAUGGACUAGGUAACCUCUUACUCCAAAAUUUUAUGAACCUCAGGUCUAAAAUGCUAUAUAAGAGAUUUAUAAAUUUAUUGUUGAAGAAAUCUGUCAUACAGGUUAAAUCCAAUUAUAAAGGACAGUCCUGUAUAACAAAGCUAUUUUUGUGUUCUAGCAGAUGGCUGGCAGAAAUAGUGCUUUGCCAAUCUGGUUACAAUGAACUCCAUAUAGUGAAUAAUUCUGUAUAACAAUUGCUUUCUCUGGUCUUGACCCCGUAAUUGUCACUCUCUAACAUUGUCCUAAUCAACCAAAGAACUUGAUUAUGUGUUGUUUUCAUUAUCAACACAGAGAGGGGAGCUGAGUUAAGCUAAUCUACAGAAUUUCUAGCUGAGAUGUUCAUGUCCAAUUCCAUUAUCUUACAGUCGAGGAAACAGGACAAGAGAGGUUAAAUAACUUUUCAAGGGUCACACAGCUAGUAAGUGACAGAGCUUUGAAUGGGUGUUUGGACUAAAUGAUUCAUCAUCUGCAAACUUAGAGAUUUCACUGCAAACUCUUUCACCCAGACUAUAUAUAAAAAUGUUUAAUAAAACCAGAAACAGCAUUUAUCACUCCCCUUUAUCCCUGCAUUCAAGCCCUCUUCAUAGGAUGGCCCCUAUAAUUCCAUGGUUCAUGGUGACAUAACUUAAAGCAUAAUAACCUUUGCUGUGGAACGUCAGUUAGAGAUUUUUUGAAAGUCUAAAUAAAUUACACCCAUUGAUCCCUUUAGAUAUAUGCACAUUUCCUUCCACAAAGGCCUCUGAUUAGUGAUGUUUUAUUUUUUCAUUAUGAAAUCAUGUUGCCUUUGAAAAAAAAACUAGGUUAACAUAGAUAGAAACCUUAACACAUUGAAUAUCAAAAGUUAGUCUUCAGGCCCCUGCUUUUCUUUAUCUACACACUCUUUCAUGAGCACAUUUUGUUCCAGGACUUUAACCCUCAAGGAGAAUGACACAGCCCAUGUCUCUAAUACCACUGUGACAUUGCCACUUGAAUGCAUUCCCUGUUACCGGGAACUCACAUGCCUCAGAUUGAAUUUAUCUUCUUAGUGGUUCUCAAAUCUGUCUAUACAUUAAAAUCACCUGGGGAGUUUCAAAAACUCUCAAUGCUUGGACCCCAGCCCUAGGAAUUCUGAUGCAAUUGGUGUGGGGUCAGGCCUGGGCAUAAGGAUUUUUCAAACCUUCCCAGGUGAGUCUAAUGUGUGACCAAGGUUGAGAACCACUACUCUAGGACAAGCCCUGAGCACCAUUUCUCCUUCACUUGGGCUCAACAGAAGUCUGAGGGUAAGAAUAUUCCAGAGUAUUCCAUCUCCAGCUCCUGGGAUUAAUGAGAUAAUAGAAGCAAAAACAGCUUUGGAAAGUAUGAAGUGCUAAGCAAAUGCAAGGAAUUAUUUUAAGCAGUAUGCACAUGAAUCAAAUGGAUUGCUUCAGUAGUUGAGAUGUGUUAACUCACUAAACAUAGUAAAGGUUACACUGGCAAUUUAUCAUCCAGCCUUUCUGUUCAGCAGAACAUAGGAGUCAGAAGGGAAUCUACUUUUGGGAUGUGACACAAAUCAUCAGAGCUACCCUGUCUCACUGUGGGCAGGUUAACCCCAUCAAUGGGCUGAAGGAGUCCAAAUGGCUGGCAUCGAUGUGCUAUUCCCAGAAGCACAUGAUGACAGCCAUUUGGCUGGCUCCUCUUCACUGAGGAGGAGUGCUGCCACAGCAGCUGGCCAGCCAAACCACAAACAGCGAUUACAUCGAGAACCACACAUAUGCAACAUGGCUCUAGACUGGGUCCCAGAACAGUUCACGAUGGCUAGCUAUUGUGCUAUUAUGCAUGUUGUGUCCCUUUAAUCAGGAAUGGAGCUUAUCCUGAGUCACACUGGAUUCUUCUUCUGAUGGGACAAACUAAGGAUUUCUGAUGUUCAGUUUGUGUGUACUCCAGUCAUUUAUAUUAGUGCCUGCCCUAGGAUGGAGGUGCUGCUAAUACUUUGAUUUAGAAAGAGACAAUCCAAUCUUUUUCCCCAAGAAGGGUAUACUACCUGGAUUCUUCUGGGAUUAUCCUUCAACAUGGUAAAUAUUUAUCUUGCCUUUAAUAUUUUCAUUAUUGCCACUCCCUUCUCGAUAAAGUCAGUGUCUGUUUUGGUAGCUGUGUGUUGGCUAUCCUCUAUACAUUAUACUCAGCAGAACUUUAUCCCAGGAAAUACCUUUCCCUUCCAGGGAAAUUGAACAUAUAAUUGAAAGUCACUAGUGGAAAAGGCAUGGUCUUUGAAGUCACAGAACUGCAUUCAAGCCCAGCUCCACUACUUAGUAAGUGCUGCAUGACACUGAGCAAAUUGCUUCAUCUCUCUGAGUACAUUCUCAUUUAUGAAAUGGGGAUACUAUUACCGACCUUACAGAGUUGUUAUGAGGUUUAUACAAGAUAACAUGAAAAGCAAGUAUAAGAUAUUCUCUAGGUACUCAAUAAAGACAAAUUCAUCUUUCUGCAAAAUUCUAUAACCAUAUAAACUUCCUUUGUCCCAAACUCAAGCAAACAGAAAUCUCAAUUAAUUGAACCUCUUUAUCCAAUAUAAAUUGGUGUUCACAAUAAUUAUCACAAGACACAGCAAGAUUCUGAAAUGGCCUUGAAGGAUUUAACUGCCUGGAGAGAGUUCUUUUUCAGUUAAUUCUUUCAAUUAUAUUCAACUUAUAAAUGCUGUUUGAACACAAGAUAUGCUAGUACCAUAUUUGUACUACAAACAGAUAAUAUAAGACCUGGCCACCUCAGUAAUUGCUAUUUAUAAUAUCUUUUUAAUCCAUUCUUUUGGGUUUUCUAGUUAUAGAACAAUAUCUGUAAAUAACGGUACUUUGUAUAAUUCUCCAACAGUUAUAUCUCUUAUUUCAGUUCCUUGCCGCAUUACAUUGGUAAGAACUUCAAGAAUAAUGUUAAACAUCAGUAGUUAUAAUGAGCAUCUUUGUCUUAUUCCCAAUUCUAGCAGAAAUGCCUCUAAUAUACUUACCAUUAAGUACUAUGCUGUUUAUUAGGCCAAGAUAUUCUUUAUCAUAUUAGAGAAUGUCCUUUUAUUCCUUGUUUACUAAGAACAAUCAGGAAAGAGUGAUAAAUUUUUACUAAAUGCCUUUGUGGCAUCUGAGGUAAUCAAAUGAUUUAUAUCCUUUGAGUUGAUGACAUAAUAUAAUAUUAAGAGGUUUCCUAUUACUGAAUAAUCUUUGCAUUCCUAGGACAAACCCUACUUGGUCAUGACACACUAUACUUUAAAUAUAUUGCAUGGUUUGAUUUGCUAGUAGUUAACUAAGAUUUUUAAUGUGAGAUGUCUUUAGUUGCCUUUCUGGUACUGUUUUGGAAGAGUUUGUUAUCAAGGUUAUACCAAUUUUAUAAAAUGAACUGAGAGGAAUUAUUUCUCUUUCUAUGCUUUGCACCAGUUUAAGGAACAUGGGAACUGUUUUGUUCUGUAAUAUCUCAAUUUGGGCCUAACUCCGGUUUUCUCUUUUUCUUUUUUUCCUUUUUUUGAGAUGGAGUCUCACUCUUG